UCUCAUUUUGUGUAGAAAAUGUAGGACUGACACGAGCGUGUUUUUCCAACGAGUAACUGAACAUUUUCCACAGUCGCAUAAACUCACUCCCAACCGCUUUUGUCUCUGUUGUGAACGCAAAAGCGCAGCACCCCUAAUUGUAUGCAAAAUUACUUUCUGGACAAUUUAUAACGAGGACAAUUGCAGUUUGUGCAUUAUCGCCGCGGCUCUCUCCGGAACAGCAAAGACUACGUCUUCGUGCUCGCGCACGCAGGUGUGUGCACGUGCACGCACACGCACUUGGAUUGGAGGGGGAGCGCGCACAUGCCUUGACUUGACUCGAGCGGUGUUCUCAGGACGAGAUCGCAACUCGUCAGCGAUGCACAAGGAUGCUGAAUGAAGCCACACCGGCGCUCCGAUACCGGACCCAGCUCCGAACUUUGAAUGCUUUCGUGUCCUUUUAAAGACGGCGAUACAUGACUUUUCAUUUUUUUUAGUGUCGCAGUUAAAGUUUUGCUCGUCAGCCAUGAUUAGAUUCGGAGUCACCGGUGGUCUCCUCCUGUGCGCUUUCUUCCGGUUGCUUCCCGGGAUCGGCGCCCAGGCGCCGAACUGCCAGGAGAUUCGUGCCGUGUUUCAGACUCUGCACCCGGGAUCCAAGUGGGUCCCCGAAACUGCCGUGUCAGGUUCCGACCUGCAGGUUUGCCAAACCAAAGGUCCCGCCUGCUGCUCCAAAAAGAUGGAGGAGCGGUACCAGGUAGAUGCCCGCAACAACAUGGAGUCCAGCCUGCAAGUUGUCAGCGCUCAGCUCAAACGUAUCAUCAUCCAGAACGCUGCCAUUUUCCAAGAGGCUUUUGACUUGGUGCUGCGUCACGGCCGCAACGCCACGCUAGCGAUGCUCAAGUCGGACUUCCCCGCUCUAGGCGGCGGGGCGCAGAGCUCCGUCGGGCAGCUCUUCCUGGACAUGUCCCUCUACAUCCUGGGCUCGGACUCCACGGUAGAUCACAUGGUGGCGGUGAUCUACGGCCGCCUCUUCCACGUGACGUAUCGCCGCCUGCUCGGGGGCAGCGGGUCUGUGUCCGAGGCGUGUCUGAAAGAGGCCUGGAAAGACUCGGGAGCCUUCGGGCCUUAUCCCAAACUGAUGAUGACGCGUCUGUCCCGCUCCCUCCUCGCGACGCGAGUAUUUCUUCAGGCGUUGAACCUGGGCAUCGAGGUUGUUAAUACCACUGACCACCUGCGACCCAGUCGGGACUGCGGCCGAGCCUUGAUGAGACUGUGGUACUGCCCCCACUGCCAGGGCUUGCUGGGGCCGCCGGUCUGCCGGGGUUUCUGCCAAGCGGUGAUGCACGGGUGCCUGGGGGGGGCGGCCGAGGUGCAGCCUCACUGGAAGACCUACGUGGACGGCCUGGGGAAGUUGGCGGCGGCGAUGAGCGACGAACGGGACAUGGAGGCCGUCGUCCUCAGACUCCCGGCUAUGAUCAAACUGGCUCUCAAACACGCGGUGAAUGCACGCAGCCGUCUCAGUAGCGUGGUAAAUGGGAUGUGUGGACAGUCCCCACAGCGGACCACCCGCUCUGCCGUAUCCCCUCUUUUCCAGCAUCCCGCCGCCUCCGUGGCCCGCAACACUCGGCCGUCACACUCAGAUCCUGAUGAGACCUUAGGGGGUCUCCGCAGGGAGUUCAUUUCCAAUCUGAGGGAUUUCAGCUUCUUCUACAGCGGUCUCGGGGAGUCUCUGUGCAGCCGAGAGCCCGCCCCAGCGAACCACUCGCUCUGUUGGAAUGGGCAGGAAAUGACAGACAGGUUUUCGGGGCCCAAUCUGAAGCGGUCGCACUCGGGUUCUGAGUCCCGAAGCAACAAGCCCCUUGAGCCCGUCAUAAGUCAGAUGAUUGACAAACUCAAGCACAUCAACCAGUUGCUGCGGCAUGUAACGAUAUCCGAAAAGCGCUGGAGAGCCCGGACCCGUGCAGGUGGGGUAGAUGGAUGGAGCGAUGAAGGCGAAGAGGGAUUUCAGAGCGGCGACUGUGACGAUGAGGACGAGUGCGCUGGCGUGUCCGGCUUGGGCCCGCCACCACGACGCAAACGGUUACGUGUCUUCGCAGACCUCGCAGAUAACCUGGCAAUGGAUGACUUCACCUUCCAGGAACAGCUUUUGACCCCUCGGUUGGCCACAGCUGGGGUCGAAGCCGUACCUUCACCUGGGACCGGACUGCAGAGCGUCUAUCUGGUCACGACGAUCCCUGUCGCUCUGUGUUUCCUUCUUGUGUGCCAGCACUGACCGUCUGCCAUGUGCACACGAUGUAAACUCUGUAGAAGAAGAGAAACUCUUUUGAACUUAUUGUUCCAAAGGCGUGGUUCAGAGAAGAUUUCACAAAGCAGACAAUGCUCCAUCCUCUUCACCUUUGGAUAGUUUUGUUUUUUUAAGCACACCUGAUGAACUUGUGAUGUUAUGUAAAUAAGAACCGCAUUCUUUCUGCCUGUCCCGUGAUUACCAAAUGAGAGUCCUGCAUUAUCCCGUCUCUGUUUCUGAUGUCUCAGCUGACCUUAUUGCUGAGCAUUGUCGCUGAUUGGCAAGUGGACUUGAUAAGUCUGUGGACCUUUUCAAAAUGCUUCCUGUCCUUGUGUGCACUGAAUUGUUACGUUGCAGGCAAAAGAUGUCGCGCGUGGAUGUGAAUGACCCUGUGUCCUGGCAGAGAUACCCAAAUAAUUACAGACCGGUUGCUCAUGCCGGCCCGUUAAAAGGGACUCGAAGCCUGACGGGAUAUGUACAGUAGGUCUCCUGCAACAGUACUGUGUAAGUUUCUCUUUAAUGGCUCCAUGUUUCCAAAAUUAUCUUCAUUUGCUAUAUUAACACAUUUCCUACUGUAGGGUACAAGUUGACUGGAAAACACCAAUUAAAAAAAAUGCAUUAUCAAUACAGCAUUUCAUACACUGUGUUAAGAUGUAAUUGUAUAUACUGUAAAUAUUUACAUGUGUAAUAUGUGUCAACAUUAAUUAUCUCCACCAAGCACAAAGUGCAAGAGGGGAGGUAAUUUUUUUUCAAGUUACUUUUGGGCUGUGGUUUUUGGUAUAUUGGAUGUUGAUGAUGAUGUUUGAUGAUGAGUAAAUGUUCUUGAUAGGAUGUCCCCAUUUCAUUUUGCUGACAUUUACACACCAAGGAUGUACAUAAUUAUAGCCAUUUCAACUAUCCCUACUGUUUACAAAAGACUAACUUUUCAAAAUUGAUAUUCGAAUUUUGCCACAUGUGAACGGUCAUGCAGAUGGUGCCCUGGCCCUUGAAGAGAUUCACGUUUCCCAUUACAGUGAAGUAGAAACACAGUCAUUUAUUGCUGUAUUCCAACACUGUAUCAUCAAAGAGAGCAAGCCAGUCAACGCUUAAGAUUUUGAGAUAAUUAAAAAAAAAAAAAAAAAAUGACAGAUAUACAUUGGUAUUGACUAAUAGUAGCAGUUUGUGAAAAAAUACGACAAAUUUGGACAUGGGAGGAUUUGGCCUGUCCCCAGCGAAUGCAGUACUUAUGUCUUGAGCGCUGAAUCGCACCAAACAAGGUUAUUUAUUUUUUUGUGUGUUUUUACAAAAUGCGUUUUCAGCUACCAGUUGUAUGUGACACUGUUACUGUGGGGGAAAAAUAUAUUCAAUAUAGCUGUCUGUAGAUGUGAAUGUGAUGUGUGGGCUUUCUGAAUAAAUCAUGUGUUUGUAUUUUUACUGAUUUUGAUGAAUCAUUUUGUAUACACUGAUUUAUACUAUUUGAACAACUGAUAAUUUGAGCGUAAAAUGCUUGGUACGUCUCAAAGCAGCACAUCAGUGAGCCAUCUUUUCCGAUCACUGCAAUUUUCCCCAGCCGUUACGGGGGCACCGUCAACAUCAACGUACGAUUCAGCGCUCAAUACGGUGCCUACAUAUGCAUAGAGCUCGUGCACGUGACGUCAUGAUUUUCACGGCGCCAUAUUGCCGGUCAAACGGAGCUGCUCGACAAUGUGGGAGACAUUGAACCCGAGGAGAAUAUUUACAAUACCCGAGACCUGUUGUUCUGUUGGUUGUCACAACAGACGAGACAGAUAUUCAAAGAGAUUAUUCUAUAGUAUACCAGCUGAAAAGUUCAGAAAAGAUUGAUGGAUUUUGGCAAUUAAACGUGAUGGCUGGUGCCCAACCAAAUACACACGCCUGCGUAGCGAUCACUUCAUUUCAGGUAGAAAUUAUUCUGAAUCUCAAAUGACGAUGUAUUUUUAUAAUGCCAAAUUGACUCAUAUGAAAACAAUACGUAUUUAAAAAAAAAGAAGUCUGUUGUUUACGGAGGUUAAUGUGUGGCAGAAAU